AUGACCACAGCCACGCACCAGCACCAGCACCAACCAUCGCAGCCUUCUUUCGGCUUCGCAGCCGAUACAUACGACCCGGAUGAUGUGGUUACUGGAAGAAGUCCCCUCAUGACCCCGCUCCGUCCUAAGCUCGAGCCCUCUCCGAGCCCUCCCCCGGAUAUACCUGCAACUCAAGUUAGUCUGAGUCCUUCCUUUAUCGACGGUCGCGACAAGUCUAAUCGCCACAAGAUUCAUCCAACGUCUGGGGAUGCCGUCUUAGUCGCAUAUCUCGACAACAACCGGGACCCCGAGAUAGCUCGCGCAGCCGGCCUUGAAAGUCUUCCGUGCGAUGAGGACUCACCAGACGAAGAGCCGCCUCAAGACAGGCCCGUGGACAACAACCUGAUGAGCGGGCCUUUACUUCAACAUCUUGCUGCAGACGCCCUUCAAGCUGCUUCCCUGGCUACGGCACCGCCAUCUCUCGCAGCCUCAGUCCCCAAGACAAUACCCGAUAUAUCUAUACCGACCGGUCAGCUUUCCAUUCACGACGAGCCUUCGACGACCAGUGUAUCUGCGCCGCGAUAUAUUUCUGGCAACAGCGUCGCCUCACCACUAAUUGCUCCCUCCAGCGGUCCUCUGCCACCACUUCAGCACGGAGUUUGUGUACCAGCAGGCGAGAUCAAAGAAACCCCCACAUCACAAUCCCUCCCAUCCCUACGUUCCACUUUUGGUGACUUUAGAGAGCUAGCUCCCGAAGGCCUAUCUGAACCAGAUCUUGGACGUGUUCCAUCAGGCCCAUCCCCGACUUUCCCUACUUCACCUGUUGGAAAUCUAGGACAUCGGUUCAGUUUGACUACUAAUCUGCCAUCAUCACCUCGGUCACCACCAGAGGGAUAUCGAACGCUAUCCCCGCAUUCUGCGACGAGUGGGAUUCACUAUUACACAACAAAUGGCGCCCAUCCUCGUGCCCCGACAGAAUACAGCAGUAGCAAUGCUGGUGAAACCCCGAAUACCGAUCAUUCUGGCUCCACGCCUGCCACAUCCACCUCGAUAAACUCAACAUCCAUCACAGAUCGAAUGAGUAUUGACGGGAUCACGCAUCCGCAACCUAUUUCUGACAAAGACAAAGACGAUCCACAACUUCGGGAUGUACUCGCUCAACGACCUGACGGACCCAACCGCGGUCGAAGACGACGUGGUCCACCUUCCUAG